AUGGCGCCUCGUGAAAAAAGCUCGCUCAAACGGGGCAGACACAGCGUGGAUGUCGAUUCGCAGGACUUGAAGAAGCCCCGGCGCUCGCAGAGAAUCUCGAGUCAGCAACACCAGCAACCACUAGAAACACCGGUCAUCCAUGACUAUCUGCCGACGCCGCUGACCCACGGCAACUCGACGGCCACCGAUAUCCGCAACGAAGUCACGGCCACUCCCCCAGACAGCCCGAACCACCACGUCAGUCAACAGACUCCAGCGAAUGAUUUUUCUCAGGCAUAUUCUUCGCCUCCCGGAGACACACAAGCCCUCUCCCAGUUCAUUUAUCCCCCGAGGACAUACGCAGAUGAGGUGGACGACGAGAGUGCGGAGGGAGUCUGGGGAUAUCUUAUUCCGCUCGAUGACAGUGUGAGCGGUCCGGUCGUGUUGAGGCAGCGUGAUGGGUGUGCUGGGCGUGAUGAACCCGCCAAUGAUAAAUCCAACAAGAAGUCACAAUCUCGCAAACAAGGAAAUGGUCGCGUCCCUGGCGGCUACUUGUUCGGUCGUCAUAUCGAGUGUGAUCUGGUCAUCAACAGUCCCACCAUCUCAAACCGGCAUUUCCUUCUCUUCUCCGAGAAGAGAAAGGGCGAUGUGGUUGCGAUGUUGGAGGAUCUCUCCAGCAACGGGACCUUCGUCAACGAUGCCUUGGUAGGCCGCAACAAGCAUCGCGAGCUCGAAGAUCGGGAUGAGGUGUCUAUCCUGAACGAGGCUCGAUUUGUCUUCCGCUACCCUCGUACUCGAGAUGCCAGUGGCUUCCGCCACCAGUACCGGAGACUCCAGCAGCUUGGCAAGGGUCACUUUGCUACGGUUUACCUGUGUGCUGAUCGAACUACAGGAAAGCAGUAUGCCGCCAAGGUCUUUGAAAAGCGUCCAGGUGAUUCACAAAAAUCGCAGUCCCAGAACGAGACAUUGCAGCAAGAAAUUGCUCUUCUAAUGAGUGUUAAUCACCCAAACCUCCUCUGCCUGAAGGAUACUUUUGAUGAGACCGAUGGCGCCUACCUUAUUCUGGAGCUGGCCCCCGAGGGUGAAUUGUUCAACCUGAUCGUGACCAAGCAAAAGCUGAGCGAGGCUGAAACCCGCCAUGUGUUCCGUCAGCUCUUCGAGGGCUUGAAGUAUCUGCAUGAUCGAGGAGUUGUACAUCGGGAUAUCAAGCCAGAAAACAUUCUCGUGUCAGACAAGAAACUGACCGUCAAGCUGGGCGAUUUCGGUCUUGCCAAGAUCAUUGGAGAGGAUUCGUUCACCACAACCCUCUGCGGCACACCCAGUUACGUUGCGCCCGAGAUCCUACAAGAGACCCGUCGACGACGGUAUACCAAGGCUGUGGAUGUCUGGUCGCUGGGUGUCGUACUUUACAUCUGUCUCUGCGGCUUCCCUCCAUUUUCAGAUGAAUUAUACACGCGGGAGAACCCAUACACCCUAGCGCAGCAGAUCAAGAUGGGUCGUUUCGAUUACCCCUCCCCCUACUGGGACUCUGUGGGCGACCCGGCUCUGGACCUGAUUGAUAAGAUGCUUACCGUGGACGUUGAGAAACGCAUCACGGUGGAUGAGUGUCUCGAGCACCCGUGGCUUACUCAAAAGUACCCCAGCGUCAAUGACAGCACGGAUGGCCUCACUGGGGCUCUUGACAAGCUGGACUUUUCCAAGCGUAAGGUGGAGCGUGAACGCACGAUGCUGAGCAGUGUCAACGACGUCCACUUCAGCGAGCAUGCCGAGGGCAGCAGUGCCCCUGUCAAGGUUUAUCACAAGAAUGAAGCUGGGAAGCGAGUGCACAAUCGGCCAUCCAGAGCACCGCGCCGCGAGGCUUCUCCUCGUGGAGAUCGCGAUCCCAAAGACUUUAUGAACCUGGGCCAAUCUGGAGAUCCUGCCCUCUAUGACUAG